CACAGCUCUUUCGAGAGGUUCGGAUAAUGAAAGGUUUAAAUCAUCCAAACAUAGUGCAGCUGUUCGAGGUGAUUGAGACGGAUAAGACCCUUUAUCUUAUCAUGGAGUAUGCCAGUGGAGGUGAAGUGUUUGACUACCUCGUAUCUCAUGGGAGAAUGAAGGAGAUUGAAGCCAGAGCCAAAUUCCGGCAGAUCGUGUCUGCUGUCCACUACUGCCACAUGAAGAACAUUGUCCACCGAGACUUGAAGGCCGAGAAUCUCCUGCUUGACGCCAACGCCAACAUCAAGAUCGCCGACUUCGGCUUCAGCAACGAGUUCACACUGGGCAACAAGCUGGACACGUUCUGUGGCUCUCCACCCUACGCCGCCCCGGAACUGUUCCAGGGGAAGAAGUACGACGGGCCCGAGGUGGAUGUCUGGAGCCUGGGGGUCAUACUGUACACGCUGGUGUCAGGGUCGCUGCCCUUCGACGGGCAGAACCUCAAGGAGCUUCGUGAGCGCGUCCUGAGGGGGAAGUAUCGCGUGCCCUUCUACAUGUCCACUGACUGUGAAGGGAUCCUACGCCGGUUCCUGGUGCUCAACCCUACCAAGCGCUGCACCCUAGAUCAAGUCAUGAAGGACAAGUGGAUAAACGCAGGGUAUGAUGAGGAUUCCCUGAAGCCCCAUAUAGAGCCUGUCGAGGACUACAGUGACGCUACUCGCAUAGAGGUGAUGGUGGGGAUGGGCUUCACUCCAGAGGAGAUCAAGGACGCUCUGCUCAACCAGACGUACAACGAGGUCACCGCCACUUAUCUACUGCUGGGCCUCAAGAACGAGGAUGGCAGCGAGUCUCGUUCGGCCAGUACCCUGUCCCUGGCACGGAUCCGGCCCAGCCCCAUCACCAACGGGACCAACAAACACUCCUCGGCCACUGCAGGCUCCUCUUCCUCCUCCUCCUCGCACAGCAAGACCCAGCGCAGCGCCUCCACCUAUCACAGGCAGCGGCGGCACAGUGACUUCUGCGGGCCCUCCAUGCCGGUCAUGCACCCCAAGCGGAGCCCCACCAGCACGGGUGACCGGGAGCUGCGGGAGGGGCGCAUGCCACCGCGUAAGGCCAGCUGCAGCGUGAUGGGCAGUCGCUCGCUGCCCCCCUCCAGCCCUAUGGUCAGCAGUGCUAAUAAUCCCAACAAGUCAGAGAUCCCCGACCGCCGCAAGGAGAUGACGGCCACCACAGUGAGGAACAGUGAGAACAACAUCCCGGGAAGUGCCAUGAUCCGCCGGAACACAUACGUCUGCACGGAUCGCUCCAGCACCGACAGACACUCCCUGCUGCAGAAUGGCAAGGAGAACAGCUCCCUGUCCCACCGCCUGCCCCCCACCUCCCCCUCCACCCUGAGCAUCUCCGGGGCCGGGGCCGGGACCGGGACCGGGGCCUCCUCUUCCUCAGGCGAGCGCUGCCGUCUGACACGUGGCUCCACCAUCCGGAGCACCUUUCACGGGGGCCAGUUGAGGGACCGGGGCCCGCCCGUCUACUCGGCCCCACCCACCUCCCCCACGCUGUCCCACCACGACGCCAGUCCACUCCCGCACACCCGCAGCCGCGCCACUUCCAACCUCUUUACCAAACUCACCUCCAAACUCACACGCAGGGUCACAAAUGAACCUGAGGGAAUCUGCCGAUCUGCGGUCACAAGUCGCCAUUUACCUGGGCAUCAAAAAGCGGCCGAGCCCCGGGCCAUCGGAUGUGGCUGGAAUCUGAGGGUACCCCGGGGGCGGCGGGACCCAGCGGAGGUGAUGCUGGCUCUGCGGGAGGCGGCACGGGGCUGUGGCUGCCAGGUCCACCACGCCGGCCCCUUCCUGCUCUCCUGCACCCACGGGGCGUCCGGGGGUUGCGUGGCCUUCAAGGCAGAGGUGUGCCACCUCUCUACGGGGGGUGGCACCUCCAACAAUGAGACUUCCAACGGAGUGCGCUACACACGACUUUGGGGGGCACCGCUCACUUUCCGGGACAUCGCCACGCAAAUCUCAAAGGACCUCGAACUCUGAAUAUAAUGGGGGUUGAGAAGGAUGGAAAGAGAAAUACAGAGAAAGAGGGACGUGGGGCUGGACUCGAGAUAAAAAUAAAUUUGCCCCUGUCUCUUACGUGGCUAUAGACCUACCCCCCCUCCACACCAGUCUCAACCUAACCUCACACCCCCAUCCCCACACCACACAGACUCAAGCACCCCCAGCCCCCCCAAAAUGAACCCCCCUGUCCCCCUCGCCACUACUACUGAACAUCUUCACCCACUGGAUCCGGAUCAGAGAGGAAUCCAGCUUAAAAUGUUUUACCGUUAACUCCAGCCAUAAUGACUAUUACUUUUAUGAUUGGUAUCAUUGUCGCUUUUAACGAUCACCAACUCCGUACCUACAUCGAAAACAUUCUCGAAAACAUUUCUCGUGUUUCGCCAUCUUUGAUGAGGCACUCUGUUUCUGCGUGUCAGUGUACAUAUAUAGGAUCUUGAUUUGAUCACCCUGUUGCAGGAGAACUUUCCUGCAAUGCAGGGAAUGUAAAACUUGUAGUGUAUUUGAGGUUUAA